CGACUCGCGAAUCACGCCGGAGGAGGCUGAUCAGCAUUUGACGGCGGGUCCGCACCCCUGGCGCAAUUUGGGCGAUGGCAAGGCAGACACGAGUCCUGGAAAGGAGCCGGUGGGAUGAAGCGACGGCGCUCGUGAACCCCUCCCCGCGCCGGUCAGGUCCCGCACUGCUAUUGGCGCGCGUCGAGCGGCAUAAAAAGGGAAGAUGGGGCAAGCCCGUUUAGGAGGCGGAGCAAGGCGCAGGAAAAGGAGAUGACGAGCCUGUGUCACAUCGUCAGGUCAUCCUGGGCAGUCUCCGGAGACGCCGUGGGCGACCUCGUGUGGUCAGGUUAGGGACUUGAUUGGCAGCGACGACGACAUCCUGCGGGGUCACCUUCUCCGGCUGUCUCGCUCCCGUGUCGGCAGUUGCAUUAUUGGCAGAGAUACGAGGAACCGUUGAAUCGAAGUCGACGGGACUGGUGGAUAGGUGGCUGUGGAUGGCCAGCACGAGCUGUUGCCUGUACUUUGUUUGCCGGUGCUGUGACUGACUUCACGCUUCUCGCACAUGCAUAUAUGUAUCCCUCGUUCCCCCGGUGUUCCUAAGUUUGAAACCGUCAGCCUACAGUGCAAUCACACCUCCGUCGUUUUCCCGAAGCCUUUCGCGUUUACUAAACUCAAACUCCUUUUCAGCAUCCACUGCACGAUGGAUCGUCAGCUUUUUUACUCAUAUACUGAAAUUGCGGCUAAUCGAAAGCCCAAUGGCCGAGCUCAAUAUGGGCAUCUCUCUGUACCAACCGCCGGAAGUUCAAAAUCAUCACAGCAAUCUACACACAGUCCCUCACGCGGCGUUGGCCCAAGCUUCAGGGCAGAUGCAAUCGAGAUUCCCAGCGAUAGCGAGUCCGAUGACGAAGACGAUUUUUUCCCGCCAAUCGAGGAACUUAUCGGACGCGAUCGCGGCAGCGUUGCCGGUGCAGGCAAGGAUUCCAAUACGUCGUCCGGCGCCGGUGACAACGCCGUAGGGGCGUCCGUUAUUCACGGGCCAGGCCAAGACAAUGGGGCCGGAAAUUCGGCGGCUGGGGGGGAUGGUCUGCGGCCGGACGCCGGCAAGUCGUCGGAAGCUUUGAUUGGCCCUACCCUUCCGCCGGGGCCGAUAAGGGAUGUGCUGGUCCAAACACCAGACGAGCUGCCGGAGGCUUACAGCGUCCUGGAGCUAAAGGACGGGGCUCCGCCAGGCCCCCCGACUUUGCCAAGCCCUUUUCCUGCCUCAGCCGAGCAUUUAGCUACCCAUGCCGGUGAGCAUACCGCUCCACCCUGCACCGAGCCAAGACAUGACGCUUUCGGUAUGAAUUUUCUAAAGCCUCCCUCUUUGCCGGCGCCGCUAGAACGACGCCCUACGUCGGCUGGGCCCUCCCAUCUGGUCCAGGACCCGCCGAGUCCUGUCGGCAGUGACCACGCUCCACGCUCGAGCAGCGUGUGGUCCACGCCUGAGGCAGCCACCUGCGACGAGGGGGCUAGGUUCUCCGGCGCGUCGCCAGCUAGAGGAGCGGGGACGCCUAGUUCAGGCCAUCUCUCCAGGCACUGCUCACCGGGCCUGGAAGACCAUUCGGAUCGAGAGGGCAUGCCUUGUCGCCGCCCGGUUGGUGAUUGCCAAAAGGCUAGCGACAAUGAUAUCAAUGACAAAGCCGGAACGCUUAUAGCGAAGCGGAAUUUAAGACCGAGGAAGACGGCUGUUCGUUACGGGGACCACUAUGCAUCCGGCAUUUCCAGUGUUAAUUCCGACGACGAAAGCGGCGAUGGCCAGCCAUUUGACACUCGGGGAAACCUUCAAUCCAAUCCUGGCAGUCGCCGGCGCGACCAUGGGGACGACGGCACUUACCACCCUCGGAAUAGCGACAGCGACCAGCUGUCACCACGCAAACGCCGCAGAAGAAGCUCUCCCGCUUCGACGCCACGCAGAACAGCCGCCAAACGCCAAACGGGUUCCCACCGCGGCGACAGCAGGCGAAGACAAAUCCAAAAACGGAGCCCACUUCGGCACGAUAUUCCCAGCCCGCCGUUUUCACAAGGUCCUGGCAAGGAAAUAGAGACCGAAACCCAGUUCGCAGAGUUUAAGCAAUGGCCACUCGAAGACGUGGUCCUCAAAUUUGCGACGGUCAACGGCGAAACGAAGUAUCAGCUCGAGUUUAGCCGAGGCCGUUGCCCGGAUCACGAAUGCAAUAACGCUUCACCUCGUCACCAACAACGAAGGCUGCCGGCUAAAAGACACCGCCUGGCAGGUCAAAGCCCCGCAUCAACAGCGGGUGCUCCCACGCCCCCAAAUGAGAACGAAUGGGAGGUUGAGGAGAUACUGGCUUCACGCACCCACUAUAAGAAGCUUCAAUAUCAGGCCAAAUGGGUCGACUGGGAAACCGACCAAACGUGGUACUACGCCGAGGGAUUUAAGGGAAGCCCUCACCUUCUUGAACAGUACCACCAGAAUUACCCGGAGAUGCCAGGACCCCCUGUCCGGCUUGAGCAGUGGCUUAGGGCCCACAAAGACGGUGUAAACGUUGAUCAUCAUCCCGACGACAACAAGCCGGUAGCUGGCGCCACCAGGGCAAAGGAGCCCUGA